UCCCCAUGUCGUGGUGCCCCCAUGUCGUGGUGUCCCCAUGUCCUGGUGUCCCCAUGUCCCCACUGUCCCCAUGUCCCGGUGACCCCACACCUCAAUGCCCCCACACCUCGAUGUCCCCGCCGUCCCCAUCUCACGGCGUCACCUCGGCGGACGUCUCCCCCCGUCUCCGUCCCCAUGUCCCCGUCCGUCCGUCCCGUCGUCCGCCGCGUCCCCGCAGAACGGCCGCUCCGUCAGCAAGCGCGGGGUGAGCUGCCAGUUCGGGCCCGACGUCACCAAGAGCUUCCUGGAACGGAACCGCCUGGACUACAUCAUCCGCAGCCACGAGGUGAAGCCCGAGGGCUACGAGGUGGCCCACGACGGGAAAUGCGUCACCGUCUUCUCGGCACCCAACUACUGGUGAGCGCCCGCGGCGGGGGGGAGCGGGGGGGGA